UACAGUAGUGUACAAUAAUACUUAGAUGUUGGACGUCGUCGCGCUGAGUAUAGGGUUAGCGGCAGCGCUCGCUUAUGUCGUGUUGGAAUAUCCCCGGCUUCACCAGAGCUGGCGGUUGUGGUCACACCGCUCCCAGCUGCCGCCGGGACCCAAGAAGAUCAAGACGGGGAUCCGCAAGCCAUGGCUCUGGUUCCGCGAGCUACACAAGCAGUACGGCGACGUGGUCUUCCUCCAGAUGGGGCCCACGCCGACCGUCGUCCUGGGCUCUGCGCAGGCCGCCUGGGACCUGCUCGAGAAGCGCGGGGCCAUCUACUCUUCCCGGCCGCGCUUCAUCAUGGGCGGCGAGCUGCUCUCCGACGGCCUGCGCGGCCUGAUGGCCCCCUACUCGGCCUUCUGGCGCCGCUGGCGCAAGCUCCUCCACAGCGGCUUCAUGCAGCGCCAGAGCGAGUCGUACCGCCCCAUCCAGAGCCUCGAGUCCAAGGUGCUCAUGCACGACCUCCUGACCAACCCCGAGGACUACCGCACCCACCUGGAGCGAUAUGCCGCCUCCGUCAUCGUCACCGUCACCUACGGCCGCAGAGUCGAGGACGUCCGGACCGACGCCGUCGUUCGCAUGAACGCCGAGGCCAUGGAACGGCUCACUUUGGUAAAUAUCCCUGGCAAGUAUGCAGUCGAGCGUUAUCCUGCGCUCAAACACAUCCCUUCCCUGUUUGCCCCCUGGAAGGCACAGGUGCUGGAACAGCGGAAGAAGGACAUCAAAAUGUAUAUGGGACUCAUGGACGAUGUCAAGAAGAGGAUGGCAGCGGGAACGCUGCCGGACUGCUUUGCCAAGCAUAUCCUGGAGGAACAAGAGAACCUCGGCAUGACCGAUCUUGAGGUGGCCUACACGGCCGGAAGUCCUUUCGGUGCCGGUGUCGAAACAUCCGCCGGUUCGCUGGCCAGCUUCUUACUCGCAUGUGUCAAGUUUGGCGACAGCUUCAUCCCGAGAGCUCAGGCGGAGCUCGACAGGGUCGUGGGCAGUGACAGGCUUCCCACGUUUGAUGACUUGCCGUCCCUGGAGUAUGUGCGAGCAAUCGUGUCCGAGACUCUCCGCUGGCGCCCCGUCGCCGUUCUCGGCGGCACUCCACACGCAAGCACGGCCGACGACGUGUACAAGGGGAUGUUCAUUCCCAAGGGGAGCACCAUCAUUGCCCCGUUGUGGAGCAUCCAUCUAAACGAGGCCGACUUCCCGGACCCGCACAGCUUCCAACCAGAGCGCUUCCUCGGACAACGCGAGUAUCCCGGAAAUCUGGGCCACAGCGCGUUUGGCUGGGGCCGCCGCAUCUGUCCCGGAAUGCAUCUCGGAUCGGCAUCCGUUGCUAUCAAUAUCGCCCGGAUACUAUGGGCAUUUGAUGUCAGGCCUGCCCGGAACGAGAAAGGAGAGCCGAUCGAUGUGGACAUUUUCGCGUUCUCGGACGGAUUCAACUCGACUCCGCUCCCAUUUGAAUGCUCCAUCACUCCCCGCUCGGACAAGCAUGCGCGCGUGGUCGAGGACGAGUACCGAAGGGCCCUUGGUGAGUUGCAGCAGUACUCGGCUGCAGCAACCGGUAUGUGAAUGUGACCGUGCUGUCGACUCGACCUGAGUGAAACACUGUGGCACCGAGGUAUGCGAUUUACGCAGAAGGGUGGUGUUAUAUGUCAACAUUCGGUCCUAGGAGUACUUAGACUGGCGUCAAUGUGCAACGUAAACAUGAUCGGGCGCGGAGUGGCAGGUUUCAGGAGAUAAUUAUGAUUGAUCUAUUAACAUACCCAUAUGUACAGUACAUGCAUAAGCACACGGAGGUACUCUGAGCCAUGGCGAGUGUGAUAGUUCACGGCAAAUAUCGCCCAGAAAUGUCCAUUGCAAAGAGCAGC